AGGGAAAUGGGCCGGCAACAUGCUUUAUAUUUCAUGGUAGAUUUUGUGUUUGAUUAAUGUCUUAAAGCAUGAGAUUGAUUUAAAACAAUCCUGAUGUAUCAGUAGAUGAAUUAUCUGCACUGUGGCUAAAAUAUAUUUUCAGCGCACAUGCAUUGAAUUUAUGCAAUGAAACACCUAUUUAUAUGUUAAUGGACUUCUUGAAGACUAAUGGAAUUCUUGAAAUCCUGUUGGUAAAGAUAAAAACCAAAUCAUUGCUCAAGAAUAUCUCUAAUUAAACAAUUAUUUAUAGAAGGGAGAGGUUUGGUAAUAUUGAUUAAAGUUAAUUUGGUAUGUCAAUAUCUUUGUGCUUGUGUUCUAAUAACUUGUUCUUUUAAGGGUAAAUAAGAAUCAGGAUGGGCUUUUCUGGCAAAGGCCUUCCAAUGGAUGGGAAAGGAGACUGGCCCUCCAACAAAAUUAGGAAACACAGAAGCCAGUCCCCUUUUCGUGAUGUUUCACCUGUACCAUCACAUUUCUCAGAACCGGUCUCAUUCCUGCAACAUGGGGAUGUAACUGCCAACCUUCCCCGUCUCCCUGGUGUAAGGGGGCCACUCAGGGAUGAAGAUGACGACGAUGAUGUUAGGAGUCACAAGAGCUUGCCAGCGGUGAUGACUACAUUAACCCUCCACCCCAGAGACAAGAGGUCAUACAGACAUUCUGAGAGUCGCAUCAGUUUACCCCCUCUCAUAAGCACCAGGUGCAGUUUGAUUGUGAAAGGCACUGGAUUCAAAACUGUCUCCAAACUCCCACCAAUCACCAAAUCCAGAAAUAAUGGGAAGGAAACAGACCCCCCGAGACCUCCUUGUAGGUCUGGAUGCAGGCCGGACAAAAUGGAAUUCCUUUCAGCUAAACCUGCUCAUGCAUUGAUGCAUCCAAAAAUUGUACCUGUCGGGCAGACGUCUCUGUCUGUCAAGGUGCACACUGUUCAAGGAAAUGGGCCCUGCUUGGUUCCUGCCAAAGCCUCUGGAGUGUCCCCGAGAUCUCGACUCACUUUCCAAAGUCCUGUAGUGCAGGCAGUGUACCCUAUCAGUCCUGACACCAUGCAACAGAUGAGGCAGACUGACAGAGCGUGCCAGCCCCUGAGGUCUGUGCUGAAAAAAGCACCAAACAGAGGAGUGUUUGACUGCCCACUGGCAGCACACCUGCUGGAGCCAUUUUCUGAGUUCCAGGAGCAUCUGUGCCGCCAAAUCCUACACUCUCCACUGCCUUAUCGCGCAGCUCUGCCACAGGUCCACAUUUCUUGUCACCAGGACCAGGUGGAUCUGUUGCCUGCACAUAGGGGCCCAUACAGUUCCCUGAUGAAGUGCACCGUGGAGCUCUGCAACUCCCAAGGACAGAAGCUUCCCAAAAUCACCAUGACAUGCCCGACACCUUCUCCAAAACGCCUGUGUCGCACAGAGAUGAGGCAUGCGGCUUGAAAGGCAAACCAAGAUGGCUGCAGAGUAAACUAACAAGCUAAACAAGGGAACUCAAAAGCUAAUAUUGCUCUGUGCACAAAGGAUCACAGACGGUUCACCAAGAUCACAAAUUCAUGUUGUUCACGUUAAGAGACAAUAAAGCAAAACAGAGACAUC